AUGCGUCUCACGCUCGCGUGGGCCAGUUGUCUCGUUGCUAUCGCCGUCACUACCUCAUCGACGAAGGGUGAGUUCGCGCCAUGGUCGGGCCGCGUUCUGAGUGGCAAACGGGCGUUCAUCCUUUGACAUCAUGCUCCUGCCCACCAUACUCCCCCAGCUUCAUCGCAGCAGCCUCUACCUCUGCAUCGCUUCUCUUACGCCUCCGACGUCAGCCUCCAAGUCGUACGCGCUGCAGAAUCUAGCACGCACCACAGCGACAAACGGCAUAGCGGUGCGAGGGCAGGAGGAAGCUCAGGUGUUGUUCACGAUGCGCAAAGCUUUGCGCGUCGAUCCAACCCCAACGCCAUCCUCGCGUCGGACACGCUUCGUCUGACACUCAGAGCCUUCGACCAGCUCUUUCACCUUCAUCUCGAACCCAACGAAGAGAUUGUUCACCCCGAUGGUGCCACUGUCCGCUAUCAUCAGCCGGAUGGUAGUGUAAAGGAAGAACGCAUUUUGCGCGGAGAGACCAGGGCUUACCAUGGAGAGGUAGUGCAUGCCAUGUGGUCUAGAGAUAGAAUGGCAGAGGAUCGCGCUGGGGUGAGGAGAGAUGUUGGGUCCCCAUCAUGGACCGAGCAGGGUGUCGUGGGUCGCGCAGCUGUGUAAGUCCACACACACGAUAUUCCAUUGAGCUGCUUGAUGCGUGGCUGACCUGAGCACCUCGAUGCAGUGUGGUUCACGACGAUGGUUCCGAGUCUGGUUCUCCUUCCUUUGAAGGCACCUUCACCUGGGACGGCAACAUCCACACCAUCAAGCAGGCGAGGACUUUUGCCGCUCAGAGAUCUGUCUACGAUCCCCCCGUCGACAAGCGGUCUUUCGAUGAGAACAGAAUUCUGGUGCACCGACAGAGCGACAUGAUGCUCCCUCACGAAGCACGUUCGCUCGGUAUUCGGCAUGUCGAGGUAGCAGACGCAGGAUGCUCGAGCGACUCGCACGAAUAUAACCUCAACAACCGUCUCAUCUUGACCGACUCGAACAAUGACGAGUUCAGCGCGUCCCCUCUUAGCUUUUUCGCUUCACCCGACGGCUUGACUUCUCUUGCUGCGAGGCACGGCGACGCGGAGGGAUCUUCGCUCUACAAACGCGCGACAAAUGUCGCAGCUUCUAUACUCGACCGCACUCUUCGGAGAGACUCCGAGCACCUUGUAGGUCUCGAGAACCUGCACGGACGAUUCGACUACCACGACCCUCUCAUCAGAAGGCAAGGUGGCGAUGCUCUCACGGGCAACGGUGGAACGAACGACUCGUACACCGGCUCCAUUGGCUCCACGGCGGGAUGUCCGAGCACGAAUCAAGUCGUAUACAUGGGCAUCGCUGCUGACUGCAACUAUGCAGGUCAAUUCAGCGAUCAGAACGAGGUGCGAAGAAACUUGCUGAACCUCAUGAACGAGGUCAGCAACUUGUACCGAAGCACCUUUCGAGUAUCGCUAGGUGUGGUUCAGCUUGAAGUACGGUCGUCUGCUUGUCCCACUACUGCGCAGUCCAACGCGCAAUGGAACGUUGGGUGCACUGAUGGAGGUCCAAGUCUUGACCAGCGGCUCUCCGCCUUUUCGCAAUGGGCCGGUCAGAACAACAAUGGAACUGGACUAUGGCACAUGUUGACUACCUGCCGUAGCGGCAGCGAAGUAGGCGUGGCAUGGUUGGGAACGCUGUGUCAGACGCGAGCCAGUCCAAGCGGCAAUGGAGAUGUGGUCAAUGGUGCUGGAGUGACGGCGUCGACUACGCAAGUCAGUCAAGUUGUGGCGCACGAGAUUGGGCACAAUUUCGGCGCGGUGCACGAUUGCAGUUCAGGAUGCUCCAUCUCUGGCGGAAUGGCGCGACAGUCCAGCGGCGCUUCUUGCUGCCCCGCAUCGACUGGUAGCUGCAACGACAAUAGCCAGCAUAUCAUGAGCCCCGUCUCUCGAUCGGACACCUUUACCUUUUCACCGUGCACCAUCGGCAAUAUCUGUACCCUGCUGAGUCGAGGCCUCAACACGGAAUGCGUUGUGGAGCCUGGCUCCCGACAGACGCUCAGCGAACAGCAGUGCGGCAAUGGCAUCUUGGAGCUGGAUGCUGGCGAAGAGUGCGAUGCGGGACCGAACGGUAGCGCAUGCUGCACAGCCGACUGCAAAUUGACCUCGGGAUCCGUUUGCGAUCCGGAAGGAUCUGCUUGCUGCACGGACCAGUGUCAGUUCGCAUCUGCUGGUACCGUUUGUCGACCGUCGGUCGACGACCGAUGCGAUUCGGCCGAGACUUGCUCGGGAACGAGCGAUGAGUGCCCGGCUGAUCAGCGCGAGAGCGACGGGCAGGGCUGUGGCGAUGGGCUCAGCUGCGCUUCUGGUCAUUGCACCAGCCGGGAUCAGCAGUGCCAACAACAAGGAACAGAUCUGGGCCUUACGAGGGCCUGCUCUGCCACAGCGUCCAACAGCUGCUCGGUGAGCUGUCAAAGCCCGAACAGGUCCAACACAUGCGUCAUUCUCUCUUCCAACUUUAUCGACGGUACGAGCUGCGGAUAUGGAGGAAGGUGCGAAAAUGGAGAGUGCAGGAGCGGAUCGAGCACGGAUACGUUGGGCGCUUACUUUAGGGAACAGCCGCAGAUUGCCAUUCCCGUGACCAUUGUGGUGGGCAUCAUUGUGCUGCUGGUGCUGUGGGCGCUAUUGAGGUGCAUCGUAGGCGCAUGCACGAGAAGAAGGAGAGCAUCGAGCAGCAAUUGGAACAAGCGAUCCUCCUCCUCCACUAUGCCUAUGAGAUUUGGAGGAAGUAGGGCAAGCGGCGCACCUGUUGGACCUCCACCUAGACAUCCUCAGGCUAGGUACUCCAACUCUCCGCAUAGCACCGCUGCGGAGUCGCAAGCGUACCCCGCUUAUCCUUCUUACGACGCGCCUGCCGGUCCUCCUCCUCCACCGCCUCAACCUGCUUGGACGAAUGGCAGGUGGAGAAAUUGA